CACAACCAGUUCACCAUCGACGAUCAGGGUCUCUUCAAGAUCACUCAAACAUUCCUCUCAGAAAUUUCUGAUGGUUUAUCCAGUUAUGGUCGUCCCAUGGCGAUGAUUCCGACCUUCGUCAAGGGUGUGCCAGAUGGCUCCGAAACGGGAACGUUCCUUGCCCUCGAUCUCGGUGGGACAAACCUUCGUGUUUGCGAGGUCACUCUGCUCGGAGACAAGACCUUCUCCCUCCGGCAACAAAAAUACAAAGUCUCUGAGGCCCUCAAGACUGGUGAGGUGACCACUCUUUUCGACUAUCUCGCCGACUCCGUGGACGCUUUCCUCACGGACACCCCCUCCCAAGGCGACGACUCUCACGUACCUCACGCCGAUGGGGACAGUUCAUAUGUUCCCCUGGCCCUCACCUUCUCCUUCCCUGUGGAACAAUCCGCCCUCGAUUCAGGCGUUCUCCUCACCUGGACCAAAGGUUUCUCUGCAAAGAACGCCGUUGGAAAGGACGUCGUAAAGCUUCUUCAAGACGCGUUUGACAGGAAACAUAUUCAUGUCAAGUGUGUAGCUCUCGUCAACGACACCGUUGGAGCUCUUCUUUCGCGAGCAUAUACGUCUGGCGGAUGCAUUCUCGGUGCUAUUUUUGGAACAGGAACUAAUGGGGCUUAUGUCGAAGAAGUCUCCAAGAUCACUAAAUUAAACCAGAACCCUACAGUCGCUGCAGGUGGUGAAAUGAUUGUGAACACUGAGUGGGGCGGUUUCAACAACUCUCGAUCUGCCUUGCCAACGACUCCAUACGACAACAAGCUGGACCGCGAAUCUAUUAACCCACGUUUCCAGGCUUUCGAGAAAUUCAUUUCGGGAAUGUAUCUAGGGGAAAUCGCCCGAAACGUGAUUCUUAGUUUGAUUGAUGCCGCUCCGAAACCGCUCCUCUUCGGAGGUCGGUCCUCGGCUCUACUGAAUAAGCAAUGGGGACUGGACACCGCAGUUCUCAGCGAGAUCGAAGAGGCAUGGGAAGGUCUUGGGCGAUUCUCCCCGCCAGCACAAGGUUCCCCGGAAGCUCAAAAGGAGGAAAAGUUGUGGCGGAUACAGGGUGUACUGGCCCACCGGCUAGAACUGCCCCUGCCCGACAUUUCCCUCGCAGAUGCGGACAUUGUCAGGCAAGUGUGCAACCUGAUAGCAUCGAGGGCUGCACGCAUGAGUGGAACGGCUGUAGCAGCUAUACUAGUCCAUACUGAGCGAGCACGACUAUGGGACAACGGGGAGCAAAGUUCUGCCGGGCUGAAGGACCAAGGCAAAAGGAUCGGUGUUGGGGUAGAUGGAAGCUUGGUCGAAUUCUAUCCUAAUUUCCAAACCAAGCUGCGAGCAUCGUUACGGGCGCUCGUUGGUCCCGAGGUGGAAAGCCGUGUCGACAUUGGGAUGGCCAAGGAUGGAAGCGGUGCGGGUGCCGCUCUCUGUGCGCUCGUUGCUCAGAAACAGAGUCAGGCCAACCACACAAACGGCGCAUAUGGAUACGACCCCGAAGAUAUCAAGGUUACGCCGCCCACGGAAGUCGCGUACAUUUCUUCCUUAUCGCGGUGAGAAGCCUGGGUGUACGAUUAGAAGACAUACAAUAGGAUGUGUGAUGCUGGGCAGUAUCCAUUUAUGUAUCGAAUCGGUUAAACUGUUGUUAUUUUGCUAGACGCUUGUUUGUUUUCGAGUCUGUAACAUUAGUAUAUGUUCAAGUUAUCAAAUGAUUUCCUGGUGUCA